CAGUGCCACCUGCGCGCGGCCGCGCACCUCGGCCUCUCCGCCCCGGGACCCGCCAAGCUGGGAUCAUCCGUGAAGGGCCGGAAACACAGAAGGGACGAGACCCCGGAGCCGGCUUCACAGACCCCUCCCCGCUGCCCUUCUGGCUCCCCGCGUUUCUGAAAGCUGGCCACGCCGACCCCACUUCCAAAAACUUGGCAGCCACCGGAGACCCGGCUCGGAGGAGGCGAGGGCUGGACAGGUUCCCCAUUGCGCGGGGCGAGGCUGAGGGCAGGUUGGAGGCGUGUCCAGCACAUCGGAGGCUUGACUCUGGGAGCUCUCGCCGCCACCACAGACCCAGCCUCGCACUUCCAGGCGGCGCCGUGCCGGCCACCACCAUGUCCGCCCCUGCGGCCAAUGCCUCCGCCUCUGCCUCCGCGGGCCCCAACAGCCCGGUGACCAUCCCGGCGGUGAUGUUCAUCUUCGGGGUGGUGGGCAACCUGGUGGCCAUCGUGGUGCUGUGCAAAUCGCGCAAGGAGCAGAAGGAGACGACCUUCUACACGCUGGUGUGCGGGCUGGCCGUCACCGACCUGCUGGGCACGCUGCUGGUGAGCCCGGUGACCAUCGCCACGUACAUGAAGGGCGAGUGGCCCGGCGGCCCGGCGCUGUGCGAGUACAGCACCUUCAUCCUGCUCUUCUUCGGCCUGUCGGGCCUCAGCAUCAUCUGCGCCAUGAGCAUCGAGCGCUACCUGGCCAUCAACCACGCCUAUUUCUACAGCCACUACGUGGACAAGCGGCUGGCGGGCCUCACGCUCUUCGCCGUCUAUGCGUCCAACGUGCUGUUCUGCGCGCUGCCCAACAUGGGCCUGGGCAGCUCGCGGCUGCAAUACCCGGACACCUGGUGCUUCAUCGACUGGACCACCAACGUGACGGCGCACGCCGCCUUCUCCUACAUGUACGCGGGCUUCAGCUCCUUCCUCAUCCUCGCCACCGUGCUCUGCAACGUGCUGGUGUGCGGCGCGCUGCUCCGCAUGCACCGCCAGUUCAUGCGCCGCACCUCGCUGGGCACCGAGGCGCACCACCGCCGCAUCGCGGGCGCCGAGAUCCAGAUGGUCAUCUUACUCAUCGCCACCUCCCUGGUGGUGCUCAUCUGCUCCAUCCCGCUCGUGGUGCGAGUGUUCAUCAACCAGUUGUAUCGGCCGGACUUAGUGAAAGAGAUCAGCAAAAACCCAGACUUGCAGGCCAUCCGAAUCGCCUCGGUGAACCCCAUCCUCGACCCCUGGAUCUACAUCCUCCUGCGGAAGACAGUGCUCAGCAAAGCCAUGGAGAAGAUCAAAUGCCUCUUCUGCCGCAUCGGCGGGUCCGGCAGAGACCCCUCGGGGCAGCACUGCUCCGACAGCCGCCGGACAUCCUCCGCCCUGUCCGGCCAUUCGCGCUCCUUCCUGUCCCGGGAGCUGAGGGAGGUCAGCAGCACGUCCCAGACUCUCCUGUACAUGCCAGACCUCGGUGACGCGGGCCUGGCGGGCAGGAAUUUGCUGCCGGGGGUGCCUGGCAUGAGCCUGCCCCAAGCGGACACCACCUCCCUGAGGACUUUGCGAAUCUCAGAGACCUCGGACUCCUCGCAGGGGCACGACUCAGAGAGCGUCUUACUGGUGGACGAGGUUGCGGGCACUGCUGGGCCUGCCCCCAAGGGCAGCUCCCUGCAAGUCACAUUCCCCACUGAAACACUGAACUUGUCAGAAAAGUGUAUAUAGUGGCUAAGGAGCGAGUACAGCUCUGUGUCUGGAAGCUCACAACAUCCUGUGCAACAGACACGCGGUGAAGCAUUUACUGAGCUGUGCUCGGAAGGGCUGUUUUCGUCCUGGGACUCCCCUGAGGGGCAUCUGGGUUUUGAGCACGUUUCAAACCAUCAAGCGGGUUCACAUGGCUCCUGAGGCCUGAAACUCUUGAUCACACCUGUGGGGGUGGAUUUGGGUCCGAACUCGACUGCAGAGAUCUACCCUCAGUUUCACGGGAACACGGCCACGUUUUGCUCCUGUCAGAACAUUCGGAGCGGAGCGUUAUACCUGCGCACAGCAGGCGGGGCUGCAGGCCAGUGAACUACAAGGACUAUCGAUCUUAGGGAUGAUUGAAGUGUCUCACUAAAGCAUGAAAUGUGAAUUUUAUCGUUGUAAAUAUGAUUUAAGGUAUUUAAAGUAUUUUCUUCUCUGUGAGAAGGUUUAUUGUUAAUACAAGGUAUAAGUGUAUGGCAACCCCUCUCGUCCCCAGUAUAACAAGCUGAAGUUAUAGAUGUUAGAUUUUAUUUUCAUAAGUAAGUUCAGGCUGAAGUGUUGCAAAUUCACAGAGAAACUAAUACCUAUAAAAUGGAUAUAGAUUUUUUUAAAAGGAAGAGUUUAGUACUAUUAAAAGAAUGAAGAAAAAUACUAUUUUAAGACAUGAAAAUUACAGUCCAAACUAUUGAAGUUCCUUCCCAACCUAUGUGUACUUCAUAGUGAGAAAUGUUUAGUGCUGGCUACAUGUAUUUAUCCAGAAAUCUGUGAUUUCAGGAGAACCUAACAUAUUGGCCAAUAUUUUCUACUUUUGUCCCCACAAACUGGUACUUUUAAAAUGUAACAUAACAUUUUGAAAGUCUUUAAUAAACAACUCGUAGUUGAAGUGUACAAUAUAAAAAUAAAAAGUCUAAGCAGCUUGUUUUCCCCCUGAAAUUGUGUAUAGUUUUACUUUCCUAAGAAAUGAUCUAGAACAUCCUUGAAAACUUAAGAGGAAGACGGAUUGCAUGCACCAUAAUGACUUUUACUUUGCAACGUGAAAGGAUUGGUUAACCUUUCACAGAUGUUAGAAGUCUAACCAGAUAACGGGUGCAGUGCGUGGGCACGAGCGGUCACCUUCUGUUUUGUGUCAUGCCCCGUAAUGCUAUACACAUAUGAAGGAAACCUUCUCAAAGAAAUAUUAGGCAUGUUUUGUUGCUUACAAGUGUUUUUGUGAAUUACCUGGUUGUAAUUAAAUUCUGAGCCUGAUAGUGAUAUGGUUUAAAGAAGCAGUUGUACCAACUGAAAUUAUUUUGGAGAUUAUAAUAAAUAAAUACACUCACUCAGAGUUCCAUAUCCUUGG